UUGCCCUUGACACCGACCAGAACUCAUCUUCUUCUUCCCAUCUGGUUGCUCCUCUUCAUGCCCUGAGGGAUCUUCUUCUCCGAUCGCCAUGGCCAACUCUCUCCGUUCUUAUCUCGCUUGCAUUCGCAACACACUUGAUGCCGCUAUGUGUCUUCAGAAUUUUCCUUGUCAAGAAGUUGAAAGGCAUAACAAGCCAGAGGUUGAGCUUAAGACCAGCCCAGAACUUCUGCUGAAUCCUAUUUUGAUAUGCCGAAAUGAGGCAGAAAAAUGCUUGAUAGAGACAUCUAUCAAUUCAGUGCGCGUUAGCAUCAAGGUUAAGCGAGCAGAUGAACUUGAAAAACAUACUGGCAAAAAGUUUCUCAGGUUUUUGUCAAUGAGGGCAGAGGCAUUCCAAGUUCUCAGGAGAAAAGCCAUACAGGGUUAUGAUCUUAGUUUUCUCAUCACAAACUACCACUGUGAAGAUAUGCAAAAGCACAAGCUUAUAGAUUUCAUUGUGCAAUUUAUGAGGACAUUGGACAAAGAGAUAAGUGAGUUAAAGCUAUCAGUAAACACAAGAGGUCGGCUUGGGUGA